AUGGAUGGCUCUUCCGGCCUCCCCGCCGCUCAACGAGUCGUGCCUAACUCUUCCGGCCUCCCCGCCGCUCAACGAGUCGUGCCUAACUCUUCCGGCCUCCCCGCCGCUCAACGAGUCGUGCCUAACUCUUCCGGCCUCCCGCCGCUCAACGAGUCGUGCCCUAACUCUUCCGGCCUCCCGCCGCUCAACGAGUCGUGCCUAACUCUUCCGGCCUCCCGCCGCUCAACGAGUCGUGCCCUAACUCUUCCGGCCUCCCCGCCGCUCAACGAGUCGUGCCUAACUCUUCCGGCCUCCCCGCCGCUCAACGAGUCGUGCCUAACUCUUCCGGCCUCCCGCCGCUCAACGAGUCUCGUGCCUAACUCUUCCGGCCUCCCGCCGCUCAACGAGUCGUGCCUAACUCUUCCGGCCUCCCCGCCGCUCAACGAGUCGUGCCUAACUCUUCCGGCCUCCCCGCCGCUCAACGAGUCGUGCCCUAACUCUUCCGGCCUCCCCGCCGCUCAACGAGUCGUGCCUAACUCUUCCGGCCUCCCCGCCGCUCAACGAGUCGUGCCUAACUCUUCCGGCCUCCCCGCCGCUCAACGAGUCGUGCCUAACUCUUCCGGCCUCCCCGCCGCUCAACGAGUCGUGCCUAACUCUUCCGGCCUCCCCGCCGCUCAACGAGUCUCGUGCCUAACUCUUCCGGCCUCCCCGCCGCUCAACGAGUCGUGCCUAACUCUUCCGGCCUCCCCGCCGCUCAACGAGUCGUGCCUAACUCUUCCGGCCUCCCCGCCGCUCAACGAGUCGUGCCCUAACUCUUCCGGCCUCCCCGCCGCUCAACGAGUCGUGCCUAACUCUUCCGGCCUCCCCGCCGCUCAACGAGUCGUGCCUAACUCUUCCGGCCUCCCCGCCGCUCAACGAGUCGUGCCUAACUCUUCCGGCCUCCCGCCGCUCAACGAGUCGUGCCUAACUCUUCCGGCCUCCCCGCCGCUCAACGAGUCGUGCCUAACUCUUCCGGCCUCCCCGCCGCUCAACGAGUCGUGCCUGGCGUUGUUUGUAUUCAUUCGCUCCUGA